AUGGAGGAAGGGCAAGGAGAGAGGAGAGGGGGCCGGGAGGGCUCUGGGCACAAGAUGGAAGCUCUUCCUCCAGUCCACAGUCCCUGGGCCGAUGGGAUGACCCAGAAGGGAGAGAGAGAAGCAGCCUUCGAGAAGGGAAGUUACCAGCCCAGCACCCAGGCCAGGCACCUGGAGCUCAGAGGGCAUGGUUUCAGAAGAAAGGCAGGACAGUUCCAGGGAGUGACUUUUAAGGCCUUCACAGGCUCUGUGCCCUCCCUCCCUCCACAGAUGAGUGAACGCCAAGAGUUCCAAGCCUCAGAGCUUGCCUUCCUCCUGGAAAACUCCUCCUAUGACUACGGAGAAAACGAGAGUGACUCCUCCUGCUGCGCCUCCCCACCCUGCCCGCAGGACUUCAGCCUCAACUUCGACCGGGCCUUCCUGCCUGUCCUCUACAGCCUCCUCUUCAUGCUGGGGCUGCUGGGCAAUGGCGCUGUGGCGGCCGUGCUGCUGAGCCAGCGGGCGGUCCUGAGCAGCACCGACACCUUCCUGCUGCACUUGGCCAUGGCUGACGCACUGCUGGUGCUGACGCUCCCGCUCUGGGCGGUGGACGCGGCCGUCGAGUGGGUCUUCGGCUCCAGCCUCUGCAAAGUGGCAGGUGCCCUCUUCAACAUCAACUUCUACGCGGGGGCCCUCCUGCUGGCCUGCAUCAGCUUCGAUCGGUACCUGAGCAUUGUGCACGCCACCCAGCUCUACCGCCGGGGGCCCCCGACCCGCGUGGCCCUCACCUGUGUGGCGGUCUGGGGGCUCUGUCUGCUCUUUGCGCUCCCGGACUUCAUCUUUCUGUCCGCCCACCACGACAAGCGCCUCAACGCCACCCACUGCCAGUACAGCUUCCCGCAGGUGGGCCACACAGCCCUGCGCGUCCUGCAGCUGGUCGCCGGUUUCCUGCUGCCUCUGCUGGUCAUGGCCUAUUGCUACGCCCGCAUCCUGGCCGUGCUGCUGGUCUCCAGGGGCCAGCGGCGGCUCAGAGCCAUGAGGCUGGUGGUGGUGGUGGUGGUGGCCUUUGCCCUCUGCUGGACCCCCUACCACCUGGUGGUGCUGGUGGACACCCUCAUGGACCUGGGGGCCGUGGCCCGCAACUGUGGCCGAGAAGGCAGCGUGGACGUGGCCAAGUCGGUCACGUCAGGCAUGGGCUACAUGCACUGCUGCCUCAACCCUCUGCUCUAUGCCUUUGUGGGUGUCAAGUUCCGAGAGCGGAUGUGGAUGCUACUCAUGCGCCUGGGCUGCCCCGACCAGAGGGGCCACCGGCGGCAGCUUCCGGCUUCCCGCCGGGAUUCAUCCUGGUCUGAGACCACAGAGGCCUCCUACUCAGGCUUGUGA